AUGACGGAUGCUGUCACCGUUGAAGCCCCUGCUGCAGGGUGGUGUGCUAGCCCCAAACUCCUGGGUGUUAGCCGGAAAACAAACAACACUUUCUUUGUACGAACAGUCUACCCGGAUGCAGGUCUAGAGGAGUUGCAUACUAUGGUCAAGUUGGUGUGUUGGCUCUUUGUAUAUGACGAUGCAUUGGACUAUAAUGAUUUCAAAAAUAUGGCUCCCGAACGUGAAGCCUACCGAAAUGAUGCCAUUAGGUGUAUUCGAGAUUCAAUGCUCGGGAGAGAUGGCUACGACAAAAACCCCGCUACAAUCGACUCAGCUUAUUCUCUUGUACAAGGGUUCUAUGAAAUUGGGCGUGGAAUCAGAGAAGGAUUGAAGAACACGGACCUGUGUAGCUGGAUUUGCGAUUACCUGUGCGACUAUGUAAUGGCUGCCGCGAAGUUAGAGGAAUACGCGGAUACAGAGAAAAUUAUGGAUACUGAUGGCUACCUUGACAUGAGACUUGACACGUCGGCCAUCUAUCCGUCGAUCGCGUUGUGUGUUUUGACAGACCACAUCGACCUUCCACGCUGGAUCCUUGAGCUUGAGGUCACCAAGAAAUUGAUGAAACUUAUCAACAUCAUGGGUUCAAUCGACAAUGACAUGUUUUCGGUUAAAAAAGAGCUAUCCCUCGGCCAUGUAGAUAGCCUCGUUCCCUUGCUCAUUUACGAGAACUCUUAUUCCGCCCAGAGUGGGAUCGACGCGGCAGCUGCCUUGAUUCGCGCAAGUUAUACCGAGUUUUGCAACCUAGAACACACACUCUACGACCAGGUACCUCCAGAGCAUCUGGAUGAGACACGCCGGCUUGUUCAGUGCUGGAAGGAUUGUCGAACUGGGUUGGCCAAUUGGCACUAUGCUUCGAAACGAUACUAUGGCAUUUCGUUUGGAGAAAGCCAGGUGAUAAGCACCACGCUUUGA